CCCCACAAGAGCUCAUUGUAAGUCUUGGGUUUAUCGCUUUGCUUUCUCAGAAAUUGAAAUGGAGGGAGUGAUUGAACCGGACACCGACGAGCCGCAGGAGAUGGGAGAUGUUGAAACCACUGAGGUAUCAGAGGAGAUGAUGGAUCAGGCCAAUGAGAAGAAGAUUGAGGCCAUUGAUGCUUUAGGAGAAGGCGAUCUGCAGAAAGCCCUGGGUCUUUUUACGGAAGCCAUCAAGCUGAACCCCUGCGUAGCCAUCAUGUACGCCAAGAGGGCCAGUGUGUUCAUCCAGAUGGAGAAACCCAACGCAGCCAUCAGGGACUGUGACAGAGCCAUCAGCAUCAACCCAGACUCUGCACAGCCCUACAAGUGGAGGGGAAAAGCUCACAGGCUGCUGGGCCACUGGGAGGAGGCCGCCCGGGAUCUGGCUACAGCCUGUAAACUGGACUAUGACGACGACGCCAGUGCUUUGCUGAAGGAGGUCCAGCCCAAGGCUAAGAAAAUCAUGGAGCACAAACGCAAAUACGAGCGUAAAAGAGAGGAGAAGGAGGUCAAAGACAAGCAAGAGCGGAUAAAGAUGGCCAGAGAGGAGCAUGCACGGGCUCAGAGGGAGGAAGAAGCACGACAGGCCGGAGGAGGAUUCUUCCCAGGCGCUGCUGGGUUUCCAUCAGGAUUCCCCGGUGGAGCCCCCGGUGGAUUCCCCGGAGGAUUCCCCGGCGGUUUCCCCGGUGGUUUCCCCGGCGGAUUCCCUGGUGGAGCCCCCGGCGGAGCCCCCGGUGGAGCCCCCGGUGGAUUCCCCGGUGGAGCCCCCGCCGGCAUGCCCGGUCUCGGUGAUCUGCUGAAAGACCCAGAGCUCCUCAACGCCAUGAAGGUGAGAGAAACUGCAUAAAUCCUCCGUACCACU